AAAUAAAAACUAAAAAAUGAACCCCCGCUUGCUUAUAUCCCGAGGGACGCGUGUUAUUAUUGUCAUGUAAGAAGCGUCGGGAGCGUAGUACCUACGAGGACGCGCUUGGGCGGAAGAACAACACUGGACAACUAACUUCAACAUCUGCAGGGCAAGCUCCAGGACUUGUUUAAUAGCCUUAUAUCGACGGCAUUAUGGACGAGGAAGAGGCCCCUGUUGAUGGCGAGUUGGAGACCCACUUCACUGCAGAGACCUAUGCUGCUGAGGCCAUGGCUGCAGACAUGGACCCCUGGAUUGUGUUUGACUCGAGGAGAACUCCUCGAUCCGAAUUUGAUGGCUGGCUGGAGAGCAACAGGCCCUCACAAGUGUACAGAUUUGGUGACGAAGAAGGCAGCGGUAGCCCCGUGGGGUGGAUCGCUGUGUUGGGCAUGAACCACUGCCCCAGCAAUGGGGAUGUCGUCGGUCUCCAGGAGAGCUGGGAGAAACUUUUAGCCAGUGGUCGGCCUGUCAGCUUUCAGACAGUGAAGGAGCUGGCCCUGAACCACGGGGUGCUCACAGGCAAGUGGCUCAUGCACUUGGACUGUGGUUUCAAGUUGGACCAUGCCUGGGAGUGUGUGGCCAGAGCAGCAGUUGAUGGCAAGAUCUCCCUAGUUAAGGUCAGUCCCCAUAAUCCCAAGACAGAGCGCAAGCAGGUCAUUUGUGCCUAUAACCAGAACUUCACUGACGAGAGCGAGGUUAUUAGACUGGACUCCGUCAUCCGUGCCACAGGGGUCAAAUGUCCUCUGUCCUACAAGCCGGAUGUGUACACAUACCUAGGAAUCUACCGAAACAACCGCUGGAAGCUUUGCCCGACUAUAUAUGAGAGCAAAUUUGACCUGGAGUGUGUGCCCAGGCGUUCCCACAUUAUCAACAAAAUCACCAAUCUUGAAGUAACAUAAGCCCAUCGAAACAAGAACAUCAUUUUGCAGGAUGGGGAAAAGAAGAGGCACUUUGUGAUCCCACAAAUUCUGUUGUGCAGCACAACUCAUCAACUGAUACCGUUUUUAAAUUUAGCAGUUGAAUUUUUGAUCUCAAGUUCUUCCUUUUGGCAGAAAGCACUAAGUCUUGUUUGUCUUGUCUUCUCAUGCUGAAACAUUUUCUAAGUGACUUGAAUUGUUGUCACUUCUUGUAUACUGAAUAUACUGAUUCAUAAGUAUUAAGUAUUUUUAUUUUUGAGGUUCUGUUUAUUACACUUAACGCUUGACUGUCAGGGUGGCUGAAGAAAUCCUUGAUUUGUAUGCACAUGCUCAGAAGAAAAAAUGCAUCCAGUGAAGAAUUUCUGUUUUACAAUAUACAUUUGUCUUAUUUGUUUGGCUUUACUUUUUUGGUUUGUACUGAACCAUGAUAACAGAGUUGCCAAAUAAAGUUUACUUUUGAAGACCA